ACGUUGAAUGCUCAACCAGCCUAACCCAUCUGAUGUUCAAGUUUUUGAACAUCGGAUGUUCAAAGCAUUCCUAAAAUCACCCACACAUGAGCAGUACGAUUCAUACAUUUGUGAUUUUGAAUUAGUAUGCGUGAUAUCUGUGGGCAACGUACCGUCUAGCGAAGAAAUUCUUCUUCAUCCUUUUUAAAAUAGCCACUCUUCUUUGUGAGCAAUUUGACGUUUUGUUUUUUUUUUCUCGCAGGAGACUUGUCAGAUUUUUUCGCGCAACAACUGCAAAAUUUUCAGCUGGUGAUUCCGUGCUCGCCGCACCAUCACACCUGCCUAAAAGUGGUUCCCGGAGGUGGGCAAAGGUGUUUUCCUAUCCCCAGCAGGCAGAAGUGGGCAUAAGAAAUAACGGAACCCGAGGAGGUCACAUCCCGGUUGGCCCAGUUGGCUACGACACGGACGGAGCGGACUCCUCUGCCAAGGAACCACUUCCGCCGCCGGACGCAGCAAGCUGGCUGCAGUUUGACGUGCAUUUGCAAGACAGACCCCCGAGACCCGCGAGCAGCUGGUGCGGGAAGUUUCGCGUUGCGCAACUCGUUAGAUGAGCAAGACGCUCGGAAGGAUCAUACGGCGGGGAAACGGAAAAACUUCGUCGAGUCUAAUACCGGGCAGUUUAUGAAUCGUGCCGCGAUCAACAGUGCAGUCUUGAUUGCAGUCGUGGAAGCGGUUUUCGAGAAGGUGUUGUGCAAGUUGAUUGAGCGGGGUUGCGGGGAGGAGGAGGAGUGAACGUUUUCGGAGGUCCCGGGGGAUGUAGCGAGUACAUUUGUGGCGGAACGCCGAAGAACAACUGCCAGGAAGUACCGAAGCUGUCUUGCUGGUGCUGGUCAAGCUGGCUGUGUCCGUGAUGCGUCCCGUGGGAAAAAAAACCGUGCACUUCCCGGCCAACCAAUUCCGAGCGUUACGUCGUGUGCCAGGAGCGCCUCAACAAGUGUCUGGACAUGGGCGAGUUCCUUUUCUGUGCGACUACGACCAGGUCCGACAUUCUGGUGUCGGAGGAACUGAUUCAAAACGACCCUUCCAAGUCACUUGAAACUUAAACAACAAACUGGCCAGCCACCAGAUCGACAGUCUAAAAGCGAUUAUCGACGCCCUGCAGUCCAGCUACCUGCCGAAACCGGUCGACCACGACAUUGUCCAGGAAACGAUGUUGCGCUUCUGGAAGUUGGACCAUAAAUCGGCGCUCGCUCCAACCGCGGACGCCAAGACCAAGUCGGCCCCGGAAUACGUCGCUCGAUUCGUGGACGCCAAAACGCUCGAACUGUUCUGCUCGUCCGGAAACAUCCUAAACGGCAGUCGUCUCCUGCGACAGACCUCUGGCUAACCGAACGACUGGAGAUUUGUGGCGCUGAACGUGUCCGUCGACAAGAGCAUGAACAUCCGCACCAUGUUCGUGAGCAUGGACAACGGAAAUGUGCUCUUCUAUGAGUAUUAGUUCAUUUUGUCGCCGCGAACGGAGAAAUUGUCGAGGAAAUUCAAGUCUGGACAACCGGGAAACUCGCGUGUAUGCUCUCUAAAUCAUGAAGCAAUCAUCCUCGGUGGCGUCGACGACCAGGCCUUCCCGCUGGCCAAGCGCCCCAAGUUCGCCACCGCGCUGUGCCACCUCAGCACCAACCCAGCCGGCCCGGUUCCGAUAUGCGCUCGCCGAGAUGGAGCACUUUUUCGCGAAUGUGACCAUCUACACGCUCGAGAGCGGCACCAAGGAUGAGGAUGUGCCGUCGAGCGGUUCAAGCCGCGCAAAACCCAGCGCUUUUAAAAGAUUUUUAGACCUAACUUGCACGAUUUGUCUGAGAGGAGGGGUUCAUCACAAAGUGCAUUUCGAAAACCUCAAGUCGAGCACGAUUAUUAUCAGUUCAGAUCGAAGCCGUAGUACGAGUUGAAACCUCCGACCAAACCGAACGAAGUCACACACCACUCACGGAGCGAUCAGUGCCGAGCCGUAAAAAACGCCCAAAACUCUCGCUGCUCAGGAGCCAACCAAAUUGCAAGUUAAACCGUAAGCCCCAAGAGGCGGGAGACAAGUCCAUUUAUUUUUUGAUCAUGAAGAUGACCAAGUUAACUUACGUUUAAAAACUAGUUAGGAUUGUGCAAAAUUGUUAUUUUAUGUAACAAUAAAAAAAAUACUGAUUGUUCGUU